AUGCAUACCUUCGUUUCCAUAGUUGGCCUCCUGUUUCUGUUGACACUCAUCUCAGCAGGUCCCAUUCACAGGCCUGAUAAUGUAAUACGUCGUGUGGACCAGCCACAGAAACGCUAUGUGGUGAACAAGCUCUCGGUGACUCGUGGACCCCUGAAGAGACGACAAGCUCCUACAGAUCCGGUGAACCAACAGGCUGCAUCGCAAACCACGCCGAGUAUCAACCCAUUUGCUGCCCCGACAGGGAGUGGAAAGGAAAACGGAGCGGUCCCUGCUGUUGGGGUGGGAGGCGACAAUACGAGUCUGAUCAGCUUGCUGACGCAAACCACAAUCGCAUUGGCUACUCAGGCAGCGGCGCCGAGCGAGACGGUAACUGCUGCAGCCGAGAGCUCUGCCGCUGAACAGACGGCUGUCACAGAGGGCUCUACACCGAGUGGACCGGAGGCGGUUGGGUCCGGAACAGCCAUUCAACCCAAUGCGGCGCAGACUGCGGCACAGGAAGCACCGACCUCGACGGUCACGGUACAAGCCCAAACGACCAUCGUGGAGACCGUUCUUGUGACAGCCCAAGUCACUGCGGCCACUUCAACCACCUCGUCAGAUGCCGUGGCAGAAGCAUCUCCGUCGUCAGAUGCAGGGGCUGGAGACCAAGGAGAACAACAGCCUGCGGGGUCUGUGACGACCGUGUUUGUCACUGCUAGUCCAACCUUUACUGGUCCUACUGCUGGGUACACGACGCUUACGCCGGACUCGAACGGCAAUGCCGCAAGCACCGCCACCGCUCAAGAGCCGGCGCCAGCAAGCACCACACCUCCCAGUUCCCUGGGCGCCGUUCAACCCGCGGCCGACACAGCUACACUGCCGUCAUCGUCUUUGCCAGCACCAGCUUCUGAAGCCACACCCACGUCGAGCGUGGACUCGGGCGCGGUGACUGCGUCUUCAGCAACAGCACCAUCAGCAACACCCGCUGCUGCAACCACGACUUCGACGACGGACGGCCUGGCCGUGAUUCCAGUGACGCCCGACGCGACGCCGGCACAGGCGCAGGCGACGGUGACGGAGACGGUGACCAUGACCAUGACGGUUACUGCGCGGUGA